CAGUCGUUUUGCCCUGCCUCGAGUCGGUCGCUGAAUGUGAGCUUGCCUGCCAGCGUUAGCAGCGCGUCUAUCUGGAUCUUCUACACUCAACCUACAACAAUUAUUGUUAAUUGCUGAAACCUUUUCUCUCUUUUCGGAAACAUAUUCUCAGCAUGGGCGACAAGAAAAGCCCGUCCAGGCCAAAAAGACAAGCCAAACCAACGGCGGACGACGGCUUUUGGGACUGUAGCGUCUGCACCUUCAGAAACAGCGCCGAAGCUUUCAAAUGCAGCAUCUGCGACGUGAGGAAGGGCACAUCUACAAGGAAACCACGAAUAAACUCGCAGCUGGUGGCACAGCAGGUGGCCCAGCAGUACGCCACACCCCCACCGGCCAAGAAGGAGAAGCGCGAGAAGCCCGAACGGCCAGAGAGAGAGUGCCGGGCAGAGGGCGAGCGCGAGGAAGACCAUGAGGGUGAGCGUGACCGUUCUGAGGGGCGCCAGCCUGACGCUGAGCCCUUGGACAAGAGUGACAAGGAGCCCCUGCAGAAGGAGAAGAAGGACCGCGAGAAGGAUAUCACCCCAGCCGUCGUCAAAAAGCCCAACAGCAAGAAGAUCAGACCCAAGUCAGACAGUCACCAGAGUCCACCAUGCGAUCGGAGCAGCAUACAGUCUGGAAAGUCGACGACCAAGACCAACAGCGCCCACAUUUCAAGGCCCAAACUGAAGAACAUUGAUCGCAGCACGGCGCAGCAGCUAGCCAUCACGGUGGGCAACGUGACGGUGAUCAUCACAGACUUUAAGGAGAAGACACGCUCGUGCUCCACCUCCUCCUCCACUGUCACCUCCAGUGCGGGCUCCGAGCAGCAGCACCAGAGCUCCGGCUCCGAGAGCAUGGACAAGGGCUCGUCGCGUGCCUCCACCCCCAAAGGAGAGCUCUCGGUGGGGCACGACGAGUCAUUCUGAGCCCCCCUCCCUUUCCUCGUCCCCUGGAAGUUGGUCACCUUGCCCAGUACCACCCCCCCUCCAGCACAGACCUCCCUCCACCCAACCCCAUUCCCCCUCCAAUUUCCCAUGAGACCGACAUCCAACAUCCUCCUGGACCGCUAUGAAGAGACUGAGGAUUAUUCUCCUAGCGUCCACCUACCCUCCAAAAGUCUACCCAAGACAGAGAAACACCCUUACCCCUUCACCUGUCCUUGGCACUCUCCUAAUGUUCUAAUUCACUUUAUACCCCACCCCCCUCCCUUGGUCUCCUUCAAACUGAGAGUUGGUCGUCGGGGUUCCCAGAGUGAAGCUACGAGCAGGAUCUGUGGCGAAUUUUUUUUUUUUUUUUCCAGCAUUCAGGAAGUUCAGCCAUGGAUGCUUGAGGAGUGAGAAUUUACUCCCCUCCCCAUCUCUCUCACACACACACACACACACACUUUCUCUCACACACACACACACACACACUUUCUCACACACUCUCCUCUCCACGGUCAUAGAAAGGACAGAGAGAGCUCAAGGGGACUGCCGACGAGCCUGGAGGUAUCUUUCGAGAGAACUUGUAUGUAUUGUUUUUUAUAUUGUAAGUGGAUGUUUGGCUGAAUCAGACUCUCUUACAUUUUUAUUUGUUUGUUUGUUUGUUUGUUCCUUUUUUGUACAAAAUUGUAUCUGCUGUGCACAAUAACCACCGACAUUUUAACAACUAUGACUGCUCCCAGUUAUAACCCCUAUUUAUUAUCUGUCGCCACUUUUCCGGUGCUCCUUUCACCUCAUUUGCUUUGAGCUUUGCUUAGCCGUGCCCCCCGUUGUGUCUCUGGAAAAAAAAUGCCCCUGUUCGCCAUUGAUAUUGGUGCUAGAUAACACUGUGAAACAGUUUCAGCCCCGGGACUGCCACUCACACACGAUAAUGGGGAUUUACCAGAAAAAAAAAAAGAAACGAAAAACCUGAUAUUCCAUUUUUCCACUCUUGCCCGUUUCAUCUUUUUCCUUUCUCCACUUUAUUCCCUUAAUGUGUGUUUUCGGUCCGAGGUUGUCUGCGUUGUUGUGGGAAAUAACCCGAUGUGGAAGUAUACGCCGGAUCCGUGGAUGUAUAUCAGCUUGUGCAAGCUGAGUGGAAGUUCACGGAGUGUGUUCGCCAAACCCUCCAUGGCAUUUAUUUUUUUAGUUGGCUGUAGCGUCAUGGCAGAGUUUCACAAGGAAAAACACUAAAGUUGACUUUUGUCUUGCACAUCGGGUCACCUGUCUGUGCUAACUGCAACUAAUGGGAGUGACCGAAAAUGUUACGCAUAGUUCCCAGUUUUAUAAACCGCACCUAAGAGGCAAACAUAUUUGCGCUGAGCAAAAUUGAAAGGCCUUCAGAUUUGGAGAUUCUGGUGAGUCCAUGAAUUCUCAGUGUUGUCAAGUUUAGUGCAAGGUUUUUUUUUUUUUGCACUCGGUGAGACUAGUUGCAGUUUAAGUGGGAAAUGAAGAAUUUAAUUUAGUUUUAAAUUGACUUUAAGAUAUUGAAGAUGUCACUGAAGGCAACGUAUCUCUACAACAAGUAGUUCCAUGUAAAUAAACCUUGUGUAUUUUUUUUUGCUUACAUCGCAGUAUCUUGAACUGAAAGAUGUUUAUACAGUUCAUAUUUCAUGAAGGGUUUUGUAUUUCAACAGCUGACUGCUAUUGCCAACUGGCUUAGUCAGGCUAACCAAACCAAUCCAGCGUAAGAGACAAACUGAGCAAACUCCCUUUCAACUUGUAUUAAACCUGUACAAAGUAUAAAUGUGUAUAUGAUAACUGAGUUUUAUUUAUUGAAGGACCAAAGGAAUUUGAUAAUGAUAUGACUCGUUAGGCAAAUAACAAUUUGAAAAAGAGAAAAAAGUGUAAUUAUCAUAUUAAAUACGAUUUAAAUAAAGACAUUAAUAUAAUCCGUUUAAAAAUGUGUAAUUCUUGUCCAGUUUAUAUUGAGGAUUAUGUUUUGAAACCUAGUUUAAAAACAAACACUUAAAAGACAGCAAAAAGGAUCAGCUUACAAAAGGUCAUCACUGCUGUACAGUAAGCAGCUGUGCCCUGGCCUCCUGCGUUGUGCAUUUACUUUGCUCUGUUCCCCCAGUUGUUCCUUGCUUUGUGUCUGAGGACGUUCAGUGGUGCUAGAGAUCCAGUGAGAUGGUAGUGCUGCACUGGGCAGAUGCUGAGCCCCUUUGACCCUCCCUCCCUCCGUCCCGGUCCUAGUGUCUCGUUUUUGUACCAUAAGCAAGUAAACUCUGGCAGAGGCCCCUUAGAUUAAGAUGUGCAAACCUCCGACUUAAUAGGAAGACACCAAGGGCCCAGUUUAGUGAGUUGUUUCCAACGGGCUAGGGCUGGCUGGCUAGGGCUGCUUGCUCGCUUUUUCGUUUUAAACCUGGUCACGUAAUGCAGAAAGCGAUCAAGUAAGAGAAGCAGGCGGUGGUGACAGAAGACAUGAUGAAUACCAAUUUGUAACUUGGAGAAAGCUGUCACCCCCUAGCCAGCUGAACAGUUUGAGGGAUCCACAUCUUUUGCUUCUGUUAAGAGAUCUUGUCAGUGGCUUUAGGUUGUCAGGGUGGAGCAAGGAAAGACCAAGAAGAGGGAAGUUGAGACCUUUGUUUUUUUUUUUUAGGUUUCAAAAAGUGAGUUUUUUUCUGCAAGAAUCCCUAAACUCCAUCUCUGAAUGUUUCUUGACAUGAUGUAGCUCGAACUGAACUCCUUGACAAAGUAAUGUGUCUGAUAUGAGAGAGGGCCGUCUUGAGAAAUGUAGUCAAGGAAACUCACCCCCCCGUCCCCCUCCCAAAACACCACCACUACUAAGAGAAUAUGCAAUAUGAGCUGGAUUAAGAUGGAACUCUCACUUGAGACAACAGAGAAUAGUUUUCUGACAAAUAAGAAGGGGCUUGGGGAUGAACACUGAUCAAAGAGAAUGCUUUUGGUGGGAGAUUUUCACAUCUCUCUCCUCCCUUGACUUUAUGAUAAUGUAUAUUCCAUUUACAUUUUCUAUGACUUCUAUAUAUAGCCAUCUUUUCACCUGCCUUACCCUGCUAACACCUGGCUUUUUUUUAUUUGGUAAAAUUAUAAAGAAAAAUUAAAAUGGAAAAAAAAAAUAAUAAUAAUAAUAAUUGUGUCUUAAUUUAUUUGAAAAAUUGACAAUUUUGCUGGAUGUGUAAACUGCUUGUAUGUGUAACUGAAAGAAAUGGUGCGGAAAAGCCAGCAUACAGAGAAUGGCAAUGGAGCUGAGCAAUUGUUGUUUUUCUUUUUUGUUGUUUUUGUUUUUUCUCUUGUAACGCGCAAGCAGUUCUGUUCUUGUGUGCGACCAGUAACCUUAUUUUACUGUGUAAAGAUGGUUACAAUUUUUUAGCUUCGUUUUAUUUUAUUUUGUCAGACCCAAAUAUAGAAUGCUUGUUUACUUAAUGGUAUAACAUUAAUCUCGUGGAAAAUCUCCGAUGUAAGUGUACUAUACAGGUUCUUUUAAUUUUCUCCUAAUACGAGGUCUUGUCGUACAGUACUUUUAAUGUUUAUGUUAAAUGAAAUGUUCUGUAGGGUCCGAUAGCAUAUUAAUCAGUACUUUUUCAUUUUUCGAGUUACAAGUCAUUUUACGAGUUUUUCUGUUUCGUUGUUUCACUUUUUUUGUUCUUCUCGCAGAGUGUUCUUGGUAAUUUUGUGAAAUGGUCUCAUUCAUUUCUUAAUUGUGUAAAUGUAUUUGGGGAAUAUUAAAUGAUCAGCGCUCCUUUGUCUUAGCUAAUCCAAUGUUGAGAUAAUACAUGUUUCUUGGCAUGUGCACGACUUCGCUCUUAGAUGCUACCUUUUAUCAUUUUUUUUCUCCGCUUCAAAUAGAAAUGUCUAUUUAUGAAUUUUGCUUGUAGUUUUUCACAAAUAAAAAAUGUUAAAUUUA